CUUGGUGCCCUCACAAGCAUGGCCGCCUACAGGAGCGUCGGAUUUGGGAGGAAUUUAGCUGCUGUUUUAAAAAGAACUUAUCAUGGAAGCGGGCUUAUCAGACCUCCCGUCUAUACAAUGGGCAGAAGUCCAGUUCCUCAGCAAACAACCACUGUGUUUAUCAGAAACAUGUUCAUUCAGACCCAAGACACUCCAAACCCAAACAGCCUGAAGUUUCUUCCAGGCCGUGCCGUGCUGGAUUCAGGCACUAUGGACUUCGCCGGACCCAGAGAUGCUUUUUGUUCUCCAUUAGCGAGGCAGCUGUUCAGGAUUGAUGGAGUCAAGAGUGUCUUCUUCGGCCCUGAUUUCAUAACCAUCACCAAGACCAGUGGUGAAACAGAGUGGAAGGUGAUCAAACCAGACGUGUUCGCAACCAUCAUGGACUUUUUCACUUCUGGACUUCCUGUUAUCAAUGAAGCAGAUGCUCCACGUGCUGACACAGCUCCUUCAGAAGAUGACGAUGAGGUGGUGGCUAUGAUUAAAGAACUGCUGGACACGCGCAUUAGACCCACGGUGCAGGAAGAUGGCGGUGACGUGUUGUACCAUGGUUUUGAGGAUGGCAUUGUGAAGCUGAAGCUGCAGGGCUCUUGCACCAGCUGUCCGAGCUCCAUCAUCACUCUGAAGAACGGCAUCCAGAACAUGCUGCAGUUUUACGUGCCCGAGGUGGAAGGAGUCGAGCAGGUGAAAGAAGAGGAUGUGGAAGUUGCAUAAAUCCCUUCACUGUCCAAUCAGGUUAAAGGAGCUUGAGUUUAGUGCUCUGUUACACAGCUACACUGCAGAAAAUUGCUUUUCUUACUUUAAAGUUUCUUUCAAUUUCUAGUGCAUAUAUCUUAUAUUCUUAAAUUAAGAAGCAUUUUCUAGACAAGCAAAACAUAUUGUGUUGUUUUCAGAAAUAAUAAGUCAAUAUUAAGUGAGCUUUUCCUUAAAACAAGCCGAAUAAUCUGCCAAUGGGGUAAGCAAAAUAAUCUUGAUUUCACUUUGGAAUAACAUUAUUCAGCUUACCCUACUUGCACAUUAUUUUGCUUGUUUUAAGGAAAAACUCACUUCAUUUUGACUUAUUAUUUCUAAAAAAGCAAUAUUUUUUUGCGUGUCUAGAAAAUGCUUCUUGAUUUAAGUAUUUUUUAAAUAUUUGGACUACAAACAAGACAAUGUAUUUUUUGCAAUGUGUGCUAAAGGAGAAAUCUGUGUGUUUUCUCACUCAUUCAAACACAUUUAUUAGCCACAGGAAUUAUUAUGGCAUCAAGCCUACAUUUUAUAAGCAUACAUCUUUGGAUAGACCGUAUUCGGUCAGUGCUGUAACAAGGUUUUGGGUUCGUCACAUACUAUUUGUCUCAAUGCACUGGUUAAAUCAAAGCAUGCAGUUUUGUGUAUAUUAUAUGUAAUAAAUGAAAUCUUAUAUGCAUUUACUCAGACAUGUAUGUAAAUAUUAUUGCUUGAAAUCAACCGGUUUCAUGCUUAAUAGAUUCUCAGGAAUCUUCAUAUUGUAGGUCACUUUUUAAUUAUUUGAAAACUUUAAUAGAGAUUGCAUUUGCAAGACCAAUCAUCAUUAUUUCUCGUUUAAUAGAAUGAUGGAGUAAAUUAAAACAAAUGAAUAAAGAUUAUCAAUUAUUUG